AUGCCUGCAAAAUCCAGCCACAAGCAGAAGAGAAAAGUUUGGUCCGUCAAAGAGAAGAGAGAAGUACUGGCUUACGCUAAAUUACAUGGCAAUACUGCAGCAAUCAACAAGUAUGAAUGCACCGAGUCAUCUUUUUAUGAGUGGAGAAAAGACAGCCGUGUGAACUCCAAAGAAAAAGUUGAAGGCAUACGAAAGAAAGGAGGAGGAAGGAAGCCUGUACUUGAUGUCGGUGCAGAAACCAAAGUAGUAUCAAAAAUCAGAGAACGUAGAACCAAGGGAUUGAAAGUGAGAACCAGGCAGGUGAAGAAAUGGGCACGAGAUGCGGCAGAAUCCGAAGGCAAGAUACUUCAAGCCUCCAAUGGCUGGUUUGACAAAUUCAAGAAGCGAAAUGAUGUUAAUGUAAGAUCUCCAAAUUUAAAGCCUCUCAAGCUCACAACAGAAGUAUUGAAUGAUUGUGAACAAUUCCAAUGCAAAGUGAUUGAUAUCGAAAAGAGAAAGGAUGUAAAAUGGGUAAUUAAUUAUGACGAAACAUACUGCAUGAAGUGGAUGGAGGAUGGUAAAGGUGUCACCUUAGAUAAAUCUGACAACAACAAAUGUAAAGCACCAAAGGGAGAAAGGGACAGAUUCACCACAGUUCUGGCAGCCGCUAUGAAUGUUGAGAAUCUUACUGUGAAGAAAGCACCUGCUUUCAUUAUUUUCAAACAGAAAAAGGUUCCAAGGAAAGAAGCAGGCGCCAUCUUAGUAAUGAAGCCCAACGUGAAGUUUACAGCACAAGAGAAAGCGUGGAUGGAUAGACCUAGGAUGAAAGAGUAUUGUGACAUGGUAUUAAUUCCUUUCCUAAAGAGCCUUGAUGGUCAUAAACUCCUCACAUUCGAUAAUUUAGAUAGUCAUGUCCACUUACCAAUAGUUGACCUACUAAGGGAUAAGGUCAAAGACAUUACCAUUCUGCCUUUACCAAAGAAUGCUAGCGAGGUUAUGCAGAUGUGUGAUCUUUCCAUGAAUAGAUCGUUCAAAUCAAAUUACAAGCAACUACAAGGUGAGUGGUAUGACAACCAGGCUGACAGAAUUGAGAAGGGUACUCAAGAAAAUUUCUAUAGCGUAACCAAAAAACUUAUUCUCGAAUGGAUUUCCAAUGCGUUGAAGGAUGUACCUGACUCAGUUGUGGUGAACGGAUUCAAAAAAGCAGGGUUAGGUCUUGCUAAAGAUGGUUCAGAGGACGAUGACGUUCAAUGGAAACAGGUACAACACUGUUCUUCCAACUAG